AUGGGUAACUCCCUCUUCAAAUUCCUCUGCGGCAAAUUCUCCGACCAACCCCACCACUCCUCCGCCGCCCCUCCCGCCGCGCCCGACGCCGUCUCCGCCCUCGCCCACGAUCUCCACCACUUCGGCGUCACAUCGCAGGUUCCGGAGAGGCUGAGCCACCACGUAGUCUCCUCUAAGAAGGCACAAGCCAACUGGUACAGAAAAUUGCUGGACGCAUGGAACGAAUCCAAGCCGCCGCCCAAAACACCAGAAGCAGCUUCGAGGCUCGUCGUCCAAACCUUAAAGAGGCAUCAGAGAGCAGACGUUGAGGGUCUCUUGGCUUACUACGGCCUUCCACUCCCUCACACCCUGCCGGAUGCUGCGCCGGUUGUUCGUCCUUCAUCCAAGCCAGAAGGAGUGAAGUAUGAGCUGCACAUGCUUCCAUCAAUGCAUUUGGGCAGUCUUGUAACAAAGUGCUUGAUACUUUCGGUGGAUGCUAGAGUUGUGGCAGAUGGAGAUACAAUUACAGUGUAUGUCGACACCGCUGAUCCGAGAGAGUCAGCGAAUGUCCCUCGAGGCGUGCACGAGGUGGCCAUUGAGAGAGCACGAGCACGAGCUGCCAAGGACUACAACAAGGCAGAUGCACUCCAUAAAAUUGUCAUGGACGCAGGAUACAAAGUAAUUGCUGGAGCUAACGAUGAGGAGAUCCUUGCGCAAGUAUCGAAUCAGACUAAGGUACAACAUUUAGUUCAUCUUGCUUUGAUCAAUCGGCCUAAUAAUGACAACAGGGGAAUUGAUGCACCGGAGAGCUCCAUGCCAUUUGGGAAGGAAGCCAAGAAGGCUCUGGUGAAGUUAGUCCAAGAAAAUCUAUAUUAA